AAAUUAAUGAUCAUGAGCUCGUAUUUGAUGGAGUCUAACUACAUUGAUCCGAAAUUUCCUCCAUGCGAGGAAUAUUCGCAAAACAACUACAUCCCCGAGCACAGUCCAGAAUAUUACAGCCGCGCGAGGGACACUGGCUACCAGCAUCACCACCAGGAGUUAUAUCCUCCGCGGGCGAGCUACCAAGAGCGCCCGUAUAACUGUGCAAGCAUCCCCGAACCCGACACGCCGAGGGGACACGGAAUACCCCACUCUGCGCACCUGCUGACAGGGAAGGGACAACCUGCAUCAUGUGAAACCCCGCAGUUGUCCAUGUCUCCCGCCACCCCACCGGCCGCAGCCUCCGCCUGCAACCAAGCCACCCCGGAGCAUCCCAACAGCACAGCCUCCUCCAAACAGCCCGUGGUGUACCCGUGGAUGAAGAAAAUUCACGUCAGCACUGUGAACUCUGGUUACAAUGGGACGGAGCCAAAGCGGUCUAGGACAGCAUACACCCGGCAGCAGGUCUUAGAAUUGGAGAAGGAAUUCCACUAUAACCGCUAUUUAACCCGGCGGAGGCGCAUCGAGAUCGCGCACACCCUGGUGCUCUCCGAGCGACAGAUUAAAAUCUGGUUUCAGAACCGCAGGAUGAAAUGGAAAAAGGACCACAGGCUCCCGAACACCAAAGUGAGAUCCUCGUCCUCCUCCGGGUCCAACACAAGCUCAGCAGCCGGCGGAGUCGCCGCUGCUUCGGCCACUAACACUGGGGCCCCCGACGAACUGACCGGAGCGCAGCAUGGCGAGGAUAUUACCAGGUUAUAAAACAAACAGCAACCAUAAACCCACGCCUGGGCUACACGACGAACUGCUUAUUUAUAGAACAAUUAUAUAUUUUGUUUUCGUAGCUAUCUUGUGCGGUUUCCUUUAAGUCCAAAGUUAUAUAAAAUGCAUGUUAUAUAGCAUGGAUUACUGCGAAUACCGAUGGAUUAUUUUUUACGUGACACAGGGUUUAAUUUAUUUGAAUUUUGUUUAUCAUGAUGUUUUUUAAUUAUAAAAAAAAUGUUUUGAAUGAAGAAGGAAAAGUAGAAAAAAAAAUAAUAUACGUUUUAUCCAAAUGUUAUUGUGGGCCAUUCUUUUUUGCCCAGAUGCCCAAGGUACAAUGCACAAUCUAUUUAUUUCAAACAACACUGGAAGGAUAUCAUUAAAAUAAUUAUUUUUGGUAUAGAAGAAGAAGAAGACGAAAACUUGAACAUUGAUUCUGAACAUGUAUGUUUAGGAGAACAAUGUGUGAAUUACCUCGUGUAUUUCAAGAAACAGGAUUUUAUUUGAAAUCUGCAGCUAGUUCUUUUUCUGUGGUGUUGGUGUUGUGUUUAGAGACCGUUGAAAAGCAGAUUAUUGUGAAAUGCAAUAAACGGAGUUUUAGUGUACUUGUGCUCAUCAAAAUGGUCAAUAAAACAGUGAGUGUUUUACAUAUGGUGGAAGUUCGUUU